UUCACUGGAAAUGUCCACUGCAACCUGACAGCGGAUGUUUUCAAAUAUGUGUUAAGAGUAAAGUCUUUAUUAUGCAUCCAAGUAAGAGCAAACUAUUGCAUUUAACUAACACGCUAAUCGCGUAAUUUGAUUAAGAGAACUGAACGUGGAGAUCAUAAAAGAUGUGGAGACUGAAAAGCGUCCGCCACAAAGCAAGCCGAUCUGCCAAUGAUUUGGACGAGUUUAAACAGAAGAAAAGAGAGUUUGAGAAAGCACUUAGACAGGCGAGGAGAGACAGACAACUCAUCAGUAAGAGACUUAUGCUGAAUGAGGAUGAUGAAGAAGUCUCUUUGGAAACAAGCUCCGCCCCUCUUUCACUGGAACAUGUCAGAGAGAUGAUACGUGGAGUCCAGUGUGGUGUCGAGAAGGCAGCUCAUCUGGCAUCUUUAAGAAAAGCACUUAGAAACCCUGACACACAACUCACUUUCAUCAAAUCAGAGAACAGUAUGCAUAUGUUGGUGGGACAGCUCAGUGGUCAUAAUGCUCAGUGUCAGCUGGAAGCAGCAUGUUGUCUCCAUGAGCUGUCUCACUCUCCUCACCCCAGUGUUGGUCAGGCCUGUCUGCCUGCUGGCCCGUAUCUCCUCACCUACCUCUCUGGUCAGAGCACCAAGUUAAUGGAACUCUGUUUAUACACUCUAGGGAACCUGUGUCCUGACAGUGCUGUAGUUAGAGAGAAGCUCCUGGCUCAGGGAAUGGUUUCUGCCCUGACAAACUGCUUUCAGAAUCAGAGGUAUAAUCUGGCUGUGGUGGAGGCGGUUGGGUUUACUUUAUCUCAGCUGCUGCAAGCCAAAGAUGCAACUGAACAAAUCAUCCCAGCAGUCAUGGCUUCUGGAAUAAUCCCUCAUUUGAUCUCAGCGAUAACUCCAGAUGCAGAGUUUGGGUUUGGACCGGCAUUUGAGUGUGCGUGGUGUUUGCACUAUUUAGUCAGCAGUAAUGUGGAUAACUCAAUGCUGCUCUCUCAAGGGGUCCUCUCACAGUGCACCGCUGUUUUAAUAAAACUAGGAGGUGCUGUUGCUCAAGGAAACCUUUUGGAUGGAAUGGAGCUGCUCAUUUGGCCACUCUUGCGUUGCCUUGGUAACCUACUGGUAAGCGGAGGGUGUGAUAUAAUGCCAGAGGACACUCGUCUCCUCGCCGCCCUGUGUGUCUUCAGCCAGGCUUAUCUUCACCCUCACCCGGCUCUGUGUAGAGAGAGCUUGUGGACCCUCAACAACCUUACCGCUGGUUCCAGUGUGUUUUGCUCUGGUCUGCUGCUCCUUAAAUUAGUUCCUGUGUUAAUUCAGCUUCUGUCUUUCUCUAAAGGAAUCAACUCUAUGGUGCUGAGAGUUGUAGGAAAUAUCGCCCAUCAUGGCACACACUACUGUGUUGGGUUGACUGAUGUGGGGCUGCUCACUGCUCUCUGUGCCACACUGAAGAUGGCUGAGCCUGAGGUGGUUACUCUGAGCCUGGAGGUGCUGUACAUGCUGCUAUCCAGCAGCCCGCAGGUGCUUGAGGAGUUCACGAGGAUGAAUGGGGUUCCUCUGCUGGAAGCGAUUCAGUAUAACAGUGAAGUAGAGCAGCGUGUUAGAGCCGCCUACAUUCUCCAUCAUCACUUCCCUUCUUUCUCUGAGGUGGAGAGCCUUUCAUCAUAACACAGGAGUCCAAAGUCAGAACAGCAGAGAUUAAUUGUUUACAUUUCUCUGUCGGUUACUCAAGACAGAAGUUGUUUUUUUGCAUUUAAGCACUUGUAAAGUUAUUCAUAUACUCUGGUUUUCUGAAGUGUAAAACAGAAUAAACGUCUUUUUUCUGCCCAUGUAAAGCAUGCUCAUGUUUGCUGCUACCUGCUGUUCCCACUGACCCAUUGAUGCAAAAUACAGCAUAUUAUAUGGUACAAUUAUUAUACAAGUGCCAAAACUGAUUGUGUCUUCAAAAUGUAAUACUGCAGUGAUCAGUGAAUAUGACAGCUUCACUGUACAAAAAAAGUUAAUACUGCUGUAUUUGUUUUGUAUGCAGAUAUAUAUUAUAUUUCUAUUUCAUGAAUAAAAUAGUAUAAUUCUGUUGUAAACGUAUUUCCAAUCUAAAAUUUACCAUGAUAACCAUAGGUCCAAUACAUCAUAGUCACUAUCAAAGACUUUCCAGCAAGUCAGUCCAUCUUUGGAAUGGUCUCAGGAGUUGGUCAACAUAAUGAUCAAAGGACAUAAAUUAUGUUUCUUGACCUCUGAUUAUGUAAAAAAAAGAAUCUAUUUUCUCAGCUUGUAUAGCGCAUGCACGUUGUCGAGUUAAUUGACUGGUGAUUUCUGUAUCUAAAAGGUGAUUGGCUCUUUUACAUGUAAGGUGGGACUUCCUACAUCCAUUGACCAUUGGCUGCUGUUGGGCAUUCCAAUUUCUCCCAUUAAUUUUAAUAAAAGUGGCCCAUCUCUGCUAAAUAAUCUUUGGCCCUAUAGUUAUUGGUACAACUUUAAAUUAAAUUAAAAUUAAUUAAAUUAAGUUCUUUCACACAGGAUGGUAGUGUUGGCUAAGAUCAAGAAUGUACAGUUUUAUUGUAAUAACAGUUGAAAAUCACUUGCCAUUAUAUCAAACACAGUUGAAUGCUAUUUGGUUCAUUAAAUGAAGCGUAACAUUGUCUUUGUGCUUGUUUUUGAGUUGCCACAGUAUACAAUGGACUGGCAUGUCUUAAGGUCAAUAUUAGGUCAAAAAUGGCAAAAAAGAAACAGCUUUCUCUAGAAACUCAUCAGUCAAUCAUUGUUUUGAGGAAUGAAUGUUAUACAAUGCUUGAAAUUGCCAAUAAACUGAAGAUUUCAUACAAAUGUGUACACUACAGUCUUCAAAGUCAAAGCACAACUGGCUCUAACAAGGACAGAAAGAGAUUUGGAAGACCAGCUGUACAACUAAACAAGAGGAUAAGUACAUCAGAGUCUCUAGUUUGAGAAAUAGACGUCUCACAUGUCCUCAGCUGACAGCUUCAUUGAAUUCUACCUGCUCAACACCAGAUUCAUGUACAAUAGUAAAGAGAAGAUUCAGGGGUGCAGGCCUUAUAUUUAAGAAGAUUGUAAUAAUAAUCUUUUACAUUAUUAAUGUCCUGACUAUUCAUUGUGAUCAGUUGUAUGCCACUUUGGUGAAUAAA